CGUACAUUCACUGAGACGUAAUGCCUAUAUUAUAGUGAGCGAAUGAUUAUUGUCCCCUUCAUUUCGCCGUACAUUCUCCCUCUACAACCAAAAAGAUGGCAGAAGCACCUCCAUGGCCCAGACAGUUUUUCUGUCACAGAUGUUCGGAAGAGAUCAGCCCUCGCCUCCCGGAUUACACAUGUCCACGUUGUGAAUCUGGCUUCAUCGAGGAACUGCUGGAGGAAAGAAGCAGUGAAAAUGGGUCCACAUCCACCAUCUCCAGCGGUGAUCAGAACCAACAGUCGUUAGAGAAUGUGGACUCUUCACAGAUGGCUACAUUCCCAUCGGGUUACGGACAAUUUGCUCUGGGUGUCUUUGACGACUCCUUUGAUUUUGGAGCGGGGCAGGGAACGGAGGACAACCGCGACACAGAGAACCGGCGGGAACAGGAGUUGGCAUCACGGCAGCGUUACGGCGCCAGGCAAUCUCGCGGUCGCCAUGACAUCCGGGGACAGUCAGGGAGACAUGAGGGAGUGCCCACUCUAGAGGGAAUCAUUCAGCAGCUAGUGAAUGGAAUAAUUGCCCCUACGGCAAUGCCAAAUAUUGGUGUGGGACCCUGGGGCGUGCUCCACUCAAACCCCAUGGAUUAUGCCUGGGGUGCCAACGGACUAGAUGCAAUCAUUACACAGUUAUUAAAUCAAUUUGAGAACACUGGCCCUCCGCCAGCUGACAGGGACAAAAUCAAGAGCCUUCCCACAAUCCCAAUCACACAGGAGCAUGUUGUCUCAGGUCUAGAAUGUCCAGUGUGUAAAGAAGACUACAGUGCUGGAGAAAAUGUUAGGCAACUUCCAUGUAAUCAUUUGUUUCAUAAUGAUUGCAUAAUACCUUGGCUUGAACAGCACGACACAUGUCCAGUGUGCAGGAAAAGCUUGAGUGGACAGAACACCGCUAUGAAUCCUCCAGGUCUAUCAGGGAUGAACUUUGCUGCGGCCUCAUCCCCUACACCCCCGUCCUCCACUUCAACCAACAACGAGAACUCGGCCAACAACUGCUAAAAAAACAUUCCCCACUUUACACCACCCUGUGAACUGCCCUGAGUGGGUGCCAGGUUCUGGCUGUGGAGGGGAACCAAGAGCACACACCCAGUCUCAUUCUCACUUGGAGCGCUGUCUCACACUGGACUGGAGCCAGCAGGAAUCCAAUCAAAUGAAAGUCUAUGCGUUUCUUCCCCACCUGAGGCUCUCCUCAAGCCUUCAGGAAUUGUGCUGACCCCCUGCCUGGGGAGGAUAUGAACAUUAGAGGGGGGGGGGGGUCGGUCACUCUGGAUAACCUCAUCAUGCAACAACAGAUCAAGCCAGUUAGUCCUGCAUUCUGAGGGCAGACAAGGGUGGGAGGUUUUUCUGGUCUCUUACCAAGACAGUUGUUUUACAAUGAGGUAUAUUAAUUUUAAUACUUUGAAUGCACAGCAAUUUGUGAAAAAUUAUGAAUAUAUUGCAUUCACUUUUUUUUUUUUUUUAAGUAGCAUCCAUAUCUGUACAGUUGUAGGCCUCAAAAUGGAACUUUCAGGAGUGGAGGAGAAAGGAGGGUAAGUAUAGGAUGUCUACUUGGUUUGGAUUCUGCAUCUUGUUUCCAUGGAUUGGAAACAUCUUAUCAGAUGUUCAGUUUUUUAAGUUUUUUUAACAAAGGUACGUAUGAAUUUAUCAUUCAUACUUUAAAAAAACAAUUUUCUCAAACAAUAACAACCCUACAUGACAAAAGACCAAUAAACCGAUGCACACAAAUUUCAACCGACAUUACACCUGCUCAGACCCACCUGUUCCCACCGCAACCAUACACAUGACGUAUGUCUCAACCAUACACAUGACGUAUGUCUCAACCAUACACAUGACGUAUGUCUCAACCAUACACAUGACGUAUGUCUCAACCAUACACAUGACGUAUGUCUCAACCAUACACAUGACGUAUGUCUCAACCAUACACAUGACGUAUGUCUCAACCAUACACAUGACGUAUGUCUCAACCAUACACAUGACGUAUGUCUCAACCAUACACAUGACGUAUGUCUCAACCAUACACAUGACGUAUGUCUCAACCAUACACAUGACGUAUGUCUCAACCAUACACAUGACGUAUGUCUCAACCAUACACAUGACGUAUGUCUCAACCAUACACAUGACGUAUGUCUCAACCAUACACAUGACGUAUGUCUCAACCAUACACAUGACGUAUGUCUCAACCAUACACAUGACGUAUGUCUCAACCAUACACUCCCCCUUCAUCCCCUGGAACGUUCAAGUGCUUGUAGCACUAUUCCAUAUGGCCUCAAAUUGCACUGUUCUGAUUCUUUGUAGCCCACACCUUUUUUAAAUAUUUAAAUAAUUUGAUUCAUCCUCUGUAGUGAUGGAGGAUAAUUUUAUUUCCAGUUUGAGUAUAAGUAUGGUCCACCUGAUUUGGGUAUCUCAGUUUCUUACUGACUUAAGUUGCACUGAUAUCAUUGUUUUGCUCUUUCAAUUAAGAAACAAACUACAUUUGGCUUGGGGCUUUUUGGAAAAUUUAUUUGGAUGCUGGAUUGUCAAAUGUUACUGAAUUUCUCUACAGAGGGAAAAUCCAUUGCAGUUAACCUUCUAGACAUUCUAACUAAGCCUUUUCUUAUUCAAUCAUACAUAAUCAGUGAGUUUCAGUGCAUUUUUUUUUUAUACAUGAAGUUAAAUGUGAAAAAUUCACAAAAUACAAUUUUAAGUGAAAUAUUGAUUUGCAGAUGUAAACCCCUGAACAAAACAAUACAUUUGAAAAUAAAGAUGUUUUGGGUGCUACA